GCGUCCUCCGAAACACAACCCAACCCAGCUGCACUGCUUCUUAACACAGUGCGCAUCCAACCCAGAAGCCAGCCGCACCAAUGUGUUGGAGGAAACACUGUGCACCUGGCAACCUGCUUAGCGUGCACUGCGCCCGGCCCCCCACAGGAGUCGCUUAGUGUCGUUAUCCUCGCAAGGGGAGGAUGCUGGAAUAUUUAAAUCUCUUUGAGAGAUUUAUUUAACAAAAUCUCUUUCUCUGAGCAAUUCUAUUAGUGUAAAAGUAUAUAUAUUUAGCAUAUAAUAAUAUAGCUUAGUAUUUAUUUUAUUCUGUUUGUUUUUUUUGCUCAUCUUUAUCAAGGGUACAAAUGAUUUUGGAACUGACUAUGUGGUUUUACAUCAAUCAGUGUAGGUUUACCCAGGUACGGCCAUCUGUAUGUAGUACACUACUGCGUCUGAAUGUCUUGUUUCCUUCAAUGAGCCUCUACAGGCCGUGAGUUGAUCUACUGUAUGUAGCCCUACCGGUAGUUCUCAGCGCUAGUGGGGCAUUUAAGCCCUGAACAGCGCCUGACAGGCAGCCCUGUCUUCCAGGAUGCACUCAGCCCCAAAGACCAGAGCCAAUCUCAUGCAAUGAACGACAAGCUGUCGAGCCACAUUCAAACACAUUCAGACAGAAAGCUUAAGCCUAGAGGGGAAAAGGUGAAUUGAUAGAUAAAUGCUCAAUAACGAGGAGCAGCACUAAAGAAGAGGAAUUGGAAACGCUCGAGUCGGCUGGGAAAGUUUUCUUCUGUCUUCUUCAUCCAACUCGACCAGGGCAUCAAUCCAGAAGAGAUAAGAAUGGAAUAUAUCAGAAAAUAGAUUCUAAAAUAUCGACAUAAACAGAAGAACAUCCUGAACUUUGUUGGAUGAAACUAUGGGGGAAGGAUAUCCUGCAUCUGUCCUUGAUUUGACACCAACCGUGUGUGUGGGAUGCCACCGCCUCAUCCAUGACAAGUACCUGCUUAGCGUCAUCGAUGGCCUAUGGCACGAGCAAUGCGUCCGGUGCGUGGCGUGUGGCGAUCCGCUCCAGAACACGUGCUUUCUCCGGGACCAGAAACUUUACUGCAAGCGCGACUAUGCCAAUCUGUUUGCAGUGAGGUGUGGUGGCUGUGCAGAGGCCAUCUCCCCUGCAGAGCUAGUGAUGCAUGCUGGAGCUGCAGUGUUCCACCUGGCCUGUUUCAGCUGCAGUAUGUGUUCCUGUCUUCUGCGGCCUGGAGACUGCUGUGUCCUCAGGGAAGGACGGUUGCUCUGUGCUAGAGACUACAACCAGGAAGUGGACAGACCCACCUCAUCAGACUCAGGUGAAAGUGAUGAUGAGGAGGAGGAGGAGGAGGAGGAGAAAGGGGAUGAGGGCAGUGUGAAGGCUUCAGGCAGACGUGGCGGUGAAGCAGACGACCCUGAACACAAACGACCCAAACGUCCACGCACUAUUCUGACCACCCACCAGAGACGGGCCUUCAAAGCAUCCUUCGAAGUCUCCUCCAAGCCCUGCCGGAAGGUAAGGGAGACCUUGGCAGCGGAGACCGGUCUGAGCGUGAGAGUCGUGCAGGUCUGGUUCCAAAACCAAAGAGCCAAGAUGAAGAAACUGGCCAGAAGGCAGCAACAGCAGCAGCAACAAGAGCAGCAAGAACAGCCAGCACAUCACAGUGCGCCCUCCUGUGGCGGUCUGACCUCUGACCUGAACCCUCUGAGCUUGUACCCCCACCCCCAACACAACCACCCCAAUCUCCAGCAGAUGCAGGCCCUGGCCCAGGCCACCUCCUUGGGGGUGCAGGAAUAUGACAUGGAACCCUUUAGACAGGGACUCACCCCUCCACAGAUGCCCGGGGACCACAUGCACCCCUACGGCUGCAAGGCCCUUUAUGUGGAGAUGGAUGGGAACCCUCUCUGUAACCUAGGCGACGGAGACUGCCUGUCUUUGUGUGACUCAUCCCUGGCCACGCCUAUCGACCACCUUUACUCCAUGCAAGACUCCUACUUCACCUGAGUCUGGAGGCUCAGAUCCCUCACACCCUCUCACCUGAGUCUGGAGGCUCAGAUCCCUCACACCCUCUCACCUGAGUCUGGAGGCUCAGAUCCCUCACACCCUCUCACCUGAGUCUGGAGGCUCAGAUCCCUCACACCCUCUCACCUGAGUCUGGAGGCUCAGAUCCCUCACACCCUCUCACCUGAGUCUGGAGGCUCAGAUCCCUCACACCCUCUCACCUGAGUCUGGAGGCUCAGAUCCCUCACACCCUCUCACCUGAGUCUGGAGGCUCAGAUCCCUCACACCCUCUCACCUGAGUCUGGAGGCUCAGAUCCCUCACACCCUCUCACCUGAGUCUGGAGGCUCAGAUCCCUCACACCCUCUCACCUGAGUCUGGAGGCUCAGAUCCCUCACACCCUCCGUCCAGACCCUCCCCUUCACGGGCACAGCGACCCACACUGUACAGCUGAGGACGGACUCAAUUCCAAGUGGACCCUCUGUACAACUGUGUGUUUUUGUGUGAAGUUCAGAAAAGAAUGUAUUAUAUAACUGUAAAUAACUAUCUUGGCUAUUAUUUGUAUUUAUUACAUUUUGUGUGUGUGAUCUACAGUAUUUGUGCCCAAAAUGAAUAACCUGUUAAUAAAUGGAUACAGUAAUAACGUUUAUUUC